AUGGCUGUGAAGAAGUUUCAGCAUCAAUUUAUUGCCACAGCCUCCAUAGUGAGCUUUGCUCUUGCCGUGCGGCUCAUGGUCAGCACACAUCCACAUUCUGGACAGGGCAAGCCUCCAAUGCAUGGAGACUAUGAGGCUCAAAGACACUGGAUGGAAGUCACAUACAACCUCCCACUGGCAGAUUGGUACAGGAACACAUCAAACAACAACCUUCUCUACUGGGGCUUGGAUUACCCACCUCUAACAGCUUAUCAUAGCCUUGCACUGGGUCACAUAGCUGCACGUGUCAAUGGGAGCUUUGUCCAUCUGCACAAGUCUCGAGGCAUAGAGACAUAUGAGCAUAAGGUGUUCAUGAGACUCAGUGUUUUGCUGGCUGAUGUUGUGACAUUAGUUCCAGCCCUUCUUUCUUACUAUGAUGAUUCAGGAUAUUUCUUCCUUUCUCUGUUAUAUCCUGGAUUUAUCAUGAUUGACUAUGGUCACUUUCAGUACAAUUGUGUCUCAUUGGGCUUGUGCCUUGCUGCAGUCAUUGGAGUGAAAAAGAAUCAUCACAUACUGGCCUCUGUCUUCUUUAGCCUUGCCCUGAAUUACAAACAGAUGGAACUCUACCAUGCCCUACCUUUUUUCAUAUUCCUUCUCCGAAGCUGUGUAGACCAGCCCAGGGGUGUUUCCAAAAUUGUAAAGCUUUUAGGUUUGUCCUUAACUGUUCUGGUGACAUUUGGUAUGAUCUGGGCCCCAUUCCUCCACAAUAUGAAUUCUGCACUGGCUGUGCUCCAACGACUCUUUCCAUUCGAUCGUGGUCUCUAUGAAGACAAAGUUGCCAAUGUUUGGUGCACUUCAAACGUGGUUAUCAAGUGGAAACAGUUGUUCUCUGCAAAGUCAAUGGCUACCAUUUGUCUUGCAUCAACUGUUGUUACCUGCAUUCCAAGUGGCAUUCAUCUCUUUCUCCAGUCAUCCUUUAAAGCAUUUCUCUAUAGCCUUGUGAACAUGUCCUUGGCUUUUUUCCUUUUCUCGUACCAUGUCCAUGAGAAGAGCAUCUUACUUGUUGCUAUGCCUGCUCUUUUGCUAUUUCAAGAGAAUCCUCUGAUGACAAUAUGGUUCCUGCAAAUAUCUCAUUUCAGCCUAUUGAGCAUUGGUCUUCUCUGCCUGAAACCACCUGUCAAGUACCCUGAUCUCUUUACUCUUGUUGAAGUGGUUGACCAAUCAGAUGGCUGUGGUGCUAAAUUUGAGGUGCUCAUUGUGUCAGACAAGUUUGAGGGGAAACCACUUCUCCAGCGGCACAGAGGAGAUGAAGUCAAUCCAUGCCUUCUCCCAGCAGACACUGACUCCCCAACAAUGGAAAGAAAAACAGUGAUGUCAGUCCUUCAGUGUACAGUGAGAAGCCCUCUCAAACUCAUCCUCUCUGGGGAACAUUCAGUCGUGUAUGGGAAGACGGCCCUGGCUGCCAGUGUGGGGAUUCAUUUGACAGGGACCUUCUAUCGUUUGGAUGUGCCCAAUUUGGAAUUAGACAUAGAGUUCAUGGAUAAGCAGUGGUCUUGGUCUGUUACAUGCAUCACUGAAUGUUUUAGCAAGGAGGAGUCAGUGCUUACAAAUUCUCCUGUGCCCCCUUCAUCUCAGGACCUUGAACUGUGUCAAUCAAUUCUUCCUGAACCAGUGAAUUUCCAUGACCCCAGGUCUUUAGCACCCCUGGCAUUUAUCUUCCUUUACUCCAAAUUGCUUCGAAAUUCUGAAACUGGUCUGAGAGUGGUGAUAUCUCUGAAAUCUCAUUGGCCAGGAUUGGGUAAUUCUGCUGCAUAUGCUGUGACACUUGCUGCAGGCUUCCUAUUUUUGACUGGUGUAAUCAAUAAGGAGCUGGAUGCAGCAUCUCGCAAGCUGGUGUGUGACUGGGCAUAUAUGGCAGAGAAGAUCAUGCAUGGGAGUCCCUCUGGAGUAGACAACACCAUCUGCUCUUAUGGAGGUGUCAUCAAGUAUAUUCAGGGUGAAUUUCAUAUGAUUCCAGGAGAACAUUUAGCAUCUCUGCAGGUUCUCAUAGUGAAUUCUGGCGUGGAGAAGAAUACUCGGAAACAGGUGGAAGCAGUGGCUGCUUUGAAACAGGAAUUCAAUCAAAUUGUAGCAAAGAUUCUAGAAGCAAUGGAUGAGAUCACAAUAAAGAUCCUGGGUCUUGUUUCUGGAGGACUGGAUUGGAAACAACUGGAGGAUCUGGUUAGAAUGAACCAGUGCCUUUUGUCUUCACUGGGCGUGUCUCACCCUCGCCUGGAGAGGAUCCUUGAGAUAGCACGUGAGCAUGGGUGCAGUGGGAAGCUGACAGGAGCUGGUGGAGGUGGCUGUGCCUUUAUCAUUCUCCCACACCCACUUCAGAAUGAGGAGCAACUUAUUCAGCACCUCACCAGGGAUGGGUUCGAAGUCCAUCGGGCCACACUUGGGUUUGCAAAUCCAGACCUGCCUGGAUAUCUGGGCUUUGCCAAUCUUCCAAAUCAAGUACAUAGAAAGUUUGUCAAGAAAGGGUUUGAGUUCACUCUUAUGAUUGCAGGUGAAGCUGGACUUGGCAAGACAACUCUGGUAAACAGCCUCUUCCUCACUGAUCUCUAUCCUGAGCGAGUUGUUCCAUCAGCAGCAGAGAAGAUACAAGCCACAGUGAGGAUUGAAGCCUCAACUGUUGAGAUUGAGGAGAGAGGUGUGAAGCUCCGCCUGACAGUGGUUGACACUCCUGGAUUUGGAGAUGGCAUUAAUAGCACUGAUUGCUUCAAAAGCAUCAUCCAGUACAUUGAUGAACAGUUUGAGAGGUACUUGCGGGACGAGAGCGGACUAAAUCGUCGCAACAUCAUCGACAAUCGUGUUCAUUGCUGCUUCUACUUCAUUUCUCCUUUUGGUCAUGGGUUGAAACCUCUAGACAUCGAGUUCAUGCGACAACUUCAUGGGAAGGUUAACAUAGUGCCUGUGAUUGCCAAAGCAGACACCCUAACCAAGAAGGAAGUGUUGGAUCUGAAAAGAAGGGUAUUGGCUGAAAUUGAAGAAAAUGGAAUUCGCAUCUACUCCAUGCCCGACACAGACUCUGAUGAGGAUGACGACUACAGGGAACAAAUAAAUCAGUUGAAGGCUUCCAUCCCAUUUGCAGUGUGUGGAUCCACACAGCUGAUAGAGGUUAAAGGGCAGAAGGUGAGAGGUCGUCUUUAUCCUUGGGGAAUAGUGGAGGUGGAGAACCCAGACCACUGUGAUUUCAUCAAACUGCGAGCCAUGCUUGUGAUGAACAUGCAGGAUCUCCAGGAAGUGACACAGGAGCUCCAUUAUGAGAAUUAUCGAUCUGAGAGGCUUGCCAAAGGGACUCCACGAAAAAUUGGUGGGGUGAAUGUUGAUGAGAACCUGGGCGACAAGGACCGACUGCUUAAGGAGAAGGAGGAUGAGCUGAGACGCAUGCAGGAGAUGCUGACUCAAAUGCAGACACGCAUGACUGCAUCAUCAAUAUCUUCUAACCCUUGAACAGGAAUACCAAAGACUCAUCUUUGUGCCACGUGUCAAUUUCCGCUUUGUCCUUUUCAUUCAUGCAUUUCAUCAAGGCAUGUUAUUUUCCACAUGUGCCUUUGUUCCAGACUGUCUUCUAAAUGAUACCC